CAGAUUUGCGCCGGCGGCAAAGAGCGGCAGCGCGCAGGCAUGGCUGCCCAGGCGCUGCUGCGGGCAGCCUCGGUGGUGCUCCUUUGUUGGCGCGCGGCGACCGCGGGGACUUGCUUCUCCGACGACUUCAGUAGCAUCGAUAGCGGCUGGAUCUCCGUUGACGGCGACUGGAAGUGGUCGGGCGGCACGGUCGACGACAAUGUUGGCAACUAUGGCGAAGGUCAUGUACUGUACAGAGAUGCCGACUACAGCGAUGGCUACCUUGAGGCCUCGGUCAGUGUGUCUAGUGGGCAAGCGGGGCUCCUCUUUCGCAUCGCCGACAUGCCGGUUGCCGCCGAUUACAUCAACAACGCUGGCCAGAUGUACUACUGCGGCAUAAAUCUAAAUUGGGUUAGAUGCGGGCGUAUGAACGAUGCCUGGUCGGAAAUCUGGAGAUACAAUACCCCGAUCGCACUCGGACAGUUUUAUGACCUCGGUAUUAACAUGGAGGGAUCAAAAUUCACGGUCUUCCUUGACGGUGCCGAGAUCGGCAGCUUCAGCGACUCUAGUUAUAGUAGCGGCGGUAUCGGCUUGCGGACUUAUUGGGGCCGCGGCAUCUACGACUCCAUCUCGUACGAGGCGCCAGGAUGCGCCGGUUCCAACAGUCCCUUCGUGUACGUCGACCAGGAAAUGUCUUGGACGGACGCGCGCGAGUACUGCCGGACGCACCACCACGACCUCGCAUCGAUCCACAGCGCUAGCGAGAAUGCGGAAGUCGCCGCACUCUGUCCUGUAUGGUGCUUUCUCGGCGGCUCCGACGUAGAUCAAGAGGGCACGUGGACUUGGUCGGACGGCAGCGCGUGGGCCUACGAGAACUGGGACACCGGACAGCCCAACAAUGUGAAUGGACCUGAGGACUAUCUAAAUAUGUGGGGGGCCGCGCCCGGUUCUUCUAACAGAGAGCACGGAAAGUGGAACGAUUUGCGACCGGAAGGUCCACAUACGUUCGUGUGCAGAGAGACGCCAGCCAGCAGCACAUACGAAAUCGUGGUGAACGGCGUCAUGAACGAACCCCUCACGGUCAUUGGCGACGCCUGGGCCGCAGGCUCUGAUAGCUUUGGCAGCUACAUCACCAGCAGCCCAGGCUUAUGUUACGCCGGGGGCACCGGCGUAUGUUACCUGCGAUGGGAGCACGACUUGGGCACCGGAGACUUUACGUCGACCAUGAAUCUCGUCGUGACCGACCUCUACAAUUCUGGCGCAUCAUUCGAGUUCAAUUACAACAGCGCAUGGGGUUCGAACUUCGGUUUUGCGGGUUAUGGCAGUUUGGAUGUCUUCACCGACGGCCCGUUUUUUGGCGAUGGUCCGUCUUAUCAUGGAAAUCUAGCCUCGUACGGCAUCAUCGAUGGAGAACUGAUGACAUUAGUUGUCCAGCGGCGUGGGGACGACUACACGAUCUCGGUCACCACGGCGGCUAUGGGGGAGAAGGUCGUGCAUACACAGACGAAGGCCGGGGACAUCCAAGGACUCGGCCUGCGCCCGUGGCGCGGGACUAUCCGACUGUACUCCUGGACCGUUACGACGGGGUUGUCGAUACAGGGAACCUACGAUGCGGACGCCGACGACGAUUCGGACGACAACUCCCUCGUCGUGAUCCUGGGCGUCGUCAUCGGCGUACUCCUCGUGGUUAUCGCCAUAUUAGUGAUUAUGAAACGGAGCAAAGUGGCGAAGCCCCCGCAAGGGCACCGAGGCCCCGCGAUGGUAGAGGCCGCAACAUCGCCGACGGCGCCGCCGCAACUGGCGUCGAUCAAGGCCGAGGCUCUCGGAAUGAUGUCGGAAGAGCCCAUCGCGGAGGCCGUGCCCCACGGCCACGUCUCGGGCGCCGAGGCCGCCGCGAUGGCCGCGGGAGAGCCGCCGCCACAGCCGUCGGCGGGCUGGGGCAGGCGCUUCGCGUCGUGGCGGGCCGUCGUGGAGCCGCCACCGCCGCCCGAGCCGGAAUUCGAACCGGAAUGCUAA